GUCAAAUGGCAGAGUGUGAAAAAGUGUAAAAGGCCAAAACCCAGCAAAAUGGAAGCGGAACAGGACAUUGCUAUUUCCACCGUUGUGGUAAACAUUGACAUCGUCGAUCUAUUCGAUUAUGCCCAGGAGAGCCGCCGGACCUGGAUUGAGGGAAACCAAGUAUAUCAGAGCAACCAUGUUCUAAUCGUUGGUUGUACCGGCCGUGACGGGAACAAGCUGCAACUGUUUGGGAGCUGCCUACGCGCCUCGAAUCCCAAGGAGCACCCAAGGGAAGUGAACAUUACAACCGCGACAUUAUUCAGAAAUUGGGAAAUUUCGUGUACGUGUCCCGCUGGGAGAUUCAAAUGUAAACAUCAAUGUGCGUGCUUAGUUUAUAUACACAAUAGAAAGGAGCUGGACAUCUUAACCCGGACGGAAGUCAAACAACAAUGGGGGAAGGUCGCGAAGAAUCAGUCAAGCAUUCUUUACGAGCCAAUUCCAAUAAAACAUCUGUGUGGCCAGCGGAGCGUAUCGUCCCCAAGCUACGUCGACAACAAUCUCAGUCAGGCAAUCAUGAAUCUGUUUUUGAGUGAAUUGCCCGAUUCCGCUCUUGCCAAGUCGGUAAAAGGACGAGGAAAGAGUCCACGCGAUCGCACAGUUAAUGUCUCCGGUUCAGCAGACUCCAGGCAGGAGCAGAAGUUUGAGUUCCCACCUGUUCAACCAAGGUGGAAUCCUGCUAAGAACGGGGACAACACCGAGGUCGCCGAAGAUCGCAACGAAAUCGUCGAAUACCUGCACCUCAGUGCAGUCAAGUACUGCGCGAACAUUCUGGAACUGGCGGAAAUGGUAAGGUAG